AAGCAAUACAGUGGGGACACUGCAGAGACAAACCACUGAGGCAACCUAAGUCUCUGUCAACUUAUGACCGUUCCUCCCUUUACUUUUCUCUAUAUCUUUACUCUUUUCCUCCACCAAAUUUUUCUUAGUAAAGAUAGGAGAUUUUCACCUCUCUGUCUUUAGCUCUUUAUACAUUCAUUCAUGUCAUCUCCUGGGAUUGAAAUUGUAAGGUUAGUGUUUUAGCUUCUAUAUGAAGCUCACUCUGUAUUCAUAUUCAGACAGCAUCAAUAAGAAAGCAUGAACAUGAGACUGAAAAACCCGAAUAAGGUUCCGUAUUCUAGAAUCACUCUUGCUUCUGUUGAAUCCUUGACUUUGCCUCUGGUUCAAGAAGUAGUUCUGUUGGCGGAUUUUCAUUGCAAAGGCUGCCAAGAGCGAGUAGCUGACAUCAUGUCAAGAAUGAACGGGGUUAAGGAAUCGGUGGUGAUUAGCGUUAUGGACAAGAAGGUGACCUUAACAAGCACAUACCCUGGAAUUGUUAAAGUUCACAGAGGACAAGUUACGCGCAUCUAUGAAAACUCGAAGAACAGAGUCAGUGUCAUGAUGGGUUUUUUUCGCUUUUCUUGCAGCUAGAAAGAUUUUAGAAAGUAUGUCAUUCACUUACAUAAGCCUUAACGAUGUAAAUAUCAGAGGAUACAUAUUUGUGCCUUGUGAGAUAGAAUCAAGUUAUGACCAACUUUUUCUGGUAAAAUAAAGAAUAAACAUGUUUCAAUAGUGAA